ACUGGCGGAAGCCGAGGGCGCGCGACCCGGAAGUGUCCGCCCUGGCCUUGGAGGCGAUGGCGGCCCGGUGGCGGCGAUUGCUGGGCGACGCCGGCUUCAGGAAGGGCGUCCUCCGGCGGUUGGGGGCGGCAGAGUCAUGCUGGAGGCCUUGGUCAUCCAGAGCUGCCACGGCUGGUUCUACUGCUGCCAGACCUGGAGAAGACGCUGCGCUCAAGUGGGGCCUCUUACUGAUCCCCACGGCCACCUUCUGCCUCGGCACCUGGCAGAUUCAGCGGCGGAAGUGGAAGUUGAAGCUGAUUGCUGACUUGGAAGCACGGGUUUUGGCGGAACCAGUUCCACUACCUGCAGAGCCCCUGGAAAUUAAGGACUUGGAGUACAAACCAGUCAAGGUCCGAGGGUAUUUUGACCACUCCAAGGAGUUGUAUAUCCUUCCCCGUUCACUUGUAGAUCCGGAGAAAGAAAAAAGAGAUGCGGGCCAGCUGAUGUCCAAUCCAGAGAGUGGUGCCAACGUCAUCACACCCUUCUAUUGUACAGACCUUGGAAUCACGAUACUUGUCAAUAGAGGGUUUGUCUCCAGAAAGAAACUGAAGCCAGAGACCAGGCUGAAAGGACAGACUGAAGAGGAAAUUGAGCUCACUGGUGUGGUGAGACUGUCAGAGACUCGCAAACCUUUUGUGCCGGAAAACAAUGUGGAGAGGAACCGUUGGCAUUAUCGGGACUUGGAGGCCAUGGCAAGAGUGACAGGAGCCGAACCCAUUUUUAUUGAUGCUGACUACAAGAGCACAAUUCCUGGGGGGCCAAUUGGCGGCCAGACCAGGGUGUCCUUGCGGAAUGAGCAUUUGCAGUACAUUAUUACCUGUAUUUUAUUGUUUUACUCUGCAGGUAUGGGUUAUGUGCAGCCACCUCCUACAUGUGGUAUAAGAAGUUCAUUCAGAAGGUCCAUCUCUAAGCUUCAUGGUGCUUUCAUGCCUGGCUCCAAAAGGAGAUGCCUCUGCCAAUGGACUGAAAGGAGGAACUUCCCUUCAUUGAGGAAGUACUAGUCUUGCACUGUUCUGUGGGAAAUCAAGGGCAGGUGCUUCUUAAUGGUAUUGCAAACCAGUAUUUAAAAUGCAUGAAAUGAGGAGAAAAUAAAGGGUGACAAUGAGAGCCCUUAUCAGGAAAGUAGUAGGGAAAAGCCUUUCAGACAGCAGUGCUUGUUAACAUAGGAAGCAGUGGGAAACUGGUGAUGGUCUGGGGCAUAAUAGUUGAUGUGUGGCAAUAUGUUUUGCAGAAUACAAAAUCAUGUUUCUUGAAAUGAAAUUGCACUUAAUAAAUGAUGAGUACAACAGAUUGUUUGAAAUCUC